CACACAUAAACACACACGCUCUCAUUCAAUCUCUACUUCAGUCUAUCUCCUCCCUUACAAACACCAGCGAGUUCCCACAGAACACUGUGCACAAAUCUACCUUGUUUUCCUAAAGUCCAGUCAGCAAAGGAUGGAGGUCAGCGAAUUCAAUCUGCUCUACAAGGGUUUCCUGCUCCCUAAGCUCGCACACUCAGAGGAAAGUCUGCAAUAUCUUGAGGAUUUCCAAGUCAAAGAUGAUGAUGUUUUUGCUGUUACCUAUCCAAAAUCUGGUACCACAUGGAUGCAAAAUAUUCUCCCUCCGCUUCUGAAUGGAGGAGACCUGACACCUGUGCAGACCAUCCCAAACUGGGAUAGGGCCCCAUGGCUGGAGGAGAUACGAGCUGCGGUGGUGCUUGAUAAACUCCCUUCACCGCGAGCCAUAGUCUCUCACAUGCCUUAUCGCUUGAUGCCUUCCUCUUUCUACAAAUCCAAGGCCAAGGUAAUCUACGUUGCACGGAAUCCUAAAGAUGUUAUAGUGUCUUCUUACCACUUUCACAAAAUGGCCAGUUUCCUUGAAGACCCCGGAACAUUUGAUGACUUCGUUAACAAAUUCCUGUCAGGAGAAAUUGUUUUUGGUAAAUGGUCUGACCACAUUAAAAGCUGGCGAAACCCAGAGCUCAAAGACAGAAUUCUGUACGUCACCUAUGAAGAAAUGCUUCAGGACCUUCGAGGAGUCUUGUGCCGGAUGUUAAAAUUUCUGGGCCUGGAGCUCAGCACAGAAGCUUUGGAUCGGGUCGUCAAUAACAGCACUUUUAAAAGCAUGAAGACGAACAAAAUGUCGAACUACACUAUGGUGCCACAAGAAAUUAUGGACAACAACAAGUCAGCCUUCCUGAGAAAAGGUGUUGCUGGAGACUGGAAGAAUUUCUUCAGCCCGGAGCUUGACGCCAAGUUCACAGCAGUCAUUCGGGAGGAAAUGAAAGGAACUAACAUCAAAUUCCCCUGGGAUGAGGAAUAAUAAGCGAGUCUCUUGCAGUGACAUCAAAAUAAACAGAGGAUUUCUUGGAGAAAAAUCAACAUGGAGUUUCCUCUUCAUCGAUCUAUAUUUAUUCUGGGCUUAAAUGUGAAAGGUUUUUAUGAAGGUAUAUGCUGAUUAUUGGUUAAGGUUGAGUUCUUCAGUCUGUCCUACAGCACUAAUACUGAUGUUAUUGCUGUUUUGCUCCUUUUAUUUUCCCUCCAAAAGCUAAAUGCGGAGUUUAAGCUUACAAAAACACUUAUACAUUAUAAAAAUAUUAUAAUUAAGUCAAUAAAAAUAUUAUAAUUGAGUCAUAUUUGGAGUUAUUCAAAUACCAGCUCAUUACUGCAGAGGUCUGCAGAAGAGUAGAUUGGAUUACUGCUUCUAUAUAUACUGCUAAUGUCAGUUUCAUAAUAGUGUUAUGCCAGAACACAUUUACAGCCAUUAUGAUUGUAAACACUCAGAUCAGUUUCAUUCAGCAUUCAAAUGAAGGUGUUUGCACUGAAACUGGGUCUGAGCUCAUCGUUAUUCAUUUUUAUUGUUGCCAGAAGUCAAACGUAGAGUUUAAAGCUUAGAGGUGAAAUAAAAAUGCUAUUGCAAAGCAUAAAAA